CCGUCGGACCGGCCGUCCGACCCCCGCAGCUGAGCGCAAUGCUGGGCCUGUCUGCACGUCUCGCCGGCCUGCCGGCCGUCGGUGGCCGUGUGCUGGCCGGCGGUCUCUCUUGUCACGUGACGGACCGGCCCGGCCGUCGGCCCUACCAUGAGGUCACCGGCGAAAAUGUCUGCCCCAACAUGGUGCGAGGCAUUGACAACGUGCGCGAGCCGCGCCUCAACAAGGGAAUGGCGUUCACGCUGGAGGAGCGACAGCGGCUCGGCAUCCACGGCCUGCUGCCUCCCCGCUUCAAGACCCAGGACGAGCAGGUGGACCUCUGCAUCAAGAACGUCUCCCGCUACCAGGAGGACCUCAACAAGUUCAUCUACCUGAUGGGGCUGCAGGACCGGAACGAGCGCCUGUUCUACCGCGUGCUGUCGGAGAACGUGGAGCAGAUGAUGCCGCUGGUGUACACCCCGACCGUGGGCCUGGCCUGCCAAAAGUUCGGUCUCAUCUACCGGCGACCGAGGGGCCUCUUCAUCACCAUCCACGACAAGGGUCACAUCUAUGACGUGCUCAAGAACUGGCCAGAGCACGACGUGCGGGCGAUCGUGGUGACGGACGGCGAGCGGAUCCUGGGCCUGGGCGACCUUGGCGCCCAGGGCAUGGGCAUCCCGGUGGGCAAGCUGUCGCUCUAUACGGCCCUGGCCGGCAUCAAGCCGCACCAGUGCCUGCCUAUCGUGCUGGACGUCGGCACCAACAACAAGGAGCUGCGGCAGGACGAGUUCUACAUCGGCCUGAAGCAGGAGCGGGUCAGCGGCGCCGAGUACGACGAGUUCAUCGACGAGUUCAUGCAGGCGGUGGUGCGCCGCUACGGCCAGAACACGCUGAUUCAGUUCGAGGAUUUCGGCAACCAGAACGCCUUCCGCUUCUUGGAGAAGUACCGCAACAAGUACUGCACGUUCAACGACGACAUCCAGGGCACGGCGUCGGUGGCGGUGGCCGGCCUGCUGGCUGCCAUGAAGAAGCUGCACUCGCGGCUCUCCGACCACACAUUCCUUUUCCUCGGAGCUGGCGAGGCGUCCCUGGGUAUCGCCAACCUGUGCGUGAUGGCGAUGGAGCAGGAGGGCCUGAGCUCGGCCGAAGCCCACGACAAGAUCUUCCUGGUCGACUCGCGCGGCCUGAUCGUCAACAACCGGCCCGAGGGAGGCGUGACCGGACACAAGGCGGAGUUCGCCAAGGACAUGCCGCCCAUGAAGAACCUUGGCGACGUGGUGAAGAAGCUGAAGCCGUCGGCGUUGAUCGGAGCGGCCGCGCAGCCCCAGGCUUUCACCGCCGAGAUUCUCAAGGACAUGGGCGAGUUCAACAAGGAGCCCAUCAUCUUCGCGCUGAGCAACCCCACCAGCAAGGCGGAGUGUACGGCGCAGCAGGCCUACGAGGCCACGCAGGGUCGGGCGGUGUUCGCCUCGGGCUCUCCAUUCGACCCGGUCACGAUCGGCGGCAAGACGCUGUACCCGGGUCAGGGCAACAACGCCUACAUCUUCCCGGGCGUGGCGCUAGGCGUCCUCUGCACCGGCAUGCACCACAUCGGCGAGGAGGUGUUCCUGCGCGCCGCCGAGGCCCUCUCCAGGAUGGUGUCGGACGCGGAGCUGGAUGCCGGCCGGCUGUACCCGCCGCUGAACACCAUCCGGGACGUCUCGCUGCAGAUUGCCGUCCAGCUGGCCGAGCACGCCUACAGGACAGGUGAAGCGUCCGCGUACCCCGAGCCGACGGACAAGGAGGCCUUCGUCCGGAGCCAGCGGUACGACGUCGGCUACUCCAGCCCUCUGAACAACACCUGGCGCUGGCCGGCCGACGCCUGAGCGCCCGGCCACUGUAGCACUGCCAUCACACGCCGGGGGCGACGCCUCCGCCGUCCGCAGCUGUAGUGACCCCGGCCGGCUGCGAGACGCGCGGAGGCGGUCGCGCUCCGGGGGUGGCGAGGGCGGGGGGUGCCGCAGGCGGGCCUGUGCUUGGCCCGGGACGGCCGCCGGCUUGUGUGUUGUGUUGUUUUCGUUCAUGUGCUGAGUGCGCCGGACCGCCGUUGGCGCCAGAUGUCGCCCUGGUCAGGGGCGUGCAAUUCCCGUGAUUUGGUAGUCGAGCAGCUGUGCGCUGCGCGGGGGACGGGAGGGAGCACUGGUUACCAUGCGUGGCCCUAUAUCAGUUCAGGGUGUACACGCGUAGAGGCGACACCCAGGAUCGGGCACAUCAGUCCGGGGCUAGCAUGAAUGUUCGCAGACGUUAUGAAUACAGUCACAGGAA